AUGAAGUCUGCCAUCCUCGCCGCCGUGGCGUUGGCCGCACAACAGGCCGCCGGCCAUGCCAUCUUCCAGCAGCUCUGGGUCGACGGCAAGGAUAUGAUAAUCUUGCACAGCACCUCGUGUGCCCGCGUGCCCAAGUCCAACUCCCCCGUCACGUCCGUCAGCAGCGCCGACGUCGUCUGCAACGCGGGCGGCCGCACGGGCGUCGCGGGCAAGUGCACCGCCAAGGCGGGCGGCACGGUGACGGUGGAGAUGCACCAGCAGCCGGGCGACCGCAACUGCAAGAGCGAGGCCAUUGGCGGCGCGCACUACGGGCCGGUGCUGGCGUACAUGACCAAGGUCUCGGACGCGGCCACGGCCGACGGGUCGACGCAGUGGUUCAAGGUCUUUGAGGACGGCUGGUCGGCCAAGGCGGGCGCGGGCUCGGGCGACAACGACAACUGGGGCACCAAGGACCUCAACGCGUGCUGCGGCCGCAUGGACAUCAAGAUCCCCGACAGCCUGCCGGACGGCGACUACCUGCUGCGGGCCGAGGUGAUUGCGCUGCACACGGCGGGCCAGUCGGGCGGCGCGCAGCUGUACAUGAGCUGCUACCAGCUGACGCUGGCGGGCGGCAAGGCGACGGCGCUGCCGGCGGGUCUGCCGCUGGUCAAGUUCCCGGGCGCCUACACGGCGCGGGACCCGGGCAUCCUGAUCAACAUCCACGCGGCGGUGUCCAAGUACACGGUGCCCGGGCCGGCGGUGGUGGCGGGCGGGACGACCAAGACGGCGGGCUCGGGCUGCGACGGCUGCAGCAAGACGUGCUCGGCGAAGCGGGCGGUGCCAUUUGACGUGUAG